AAUGACAAUGGACAACUUUCAAGAGGCCGUCCACGUUACCGAGAUCACCCACCAAAACCUCCGGGCGUUGUUGGAGGGAUGCACCGAGAGAGUCCUGCUGAUCGACACGAGGCCGUUCUUGGCGUUCAACGAUUGUCACGUUGUGAUGGCGGACAACACACACUUUCCGGCUAUCAUCAAGAGGCGAUCGAAGGGCUCUGUCGGCCUGGAUCUCAUUAUCAAGGACGGGGACAAGCGAGGGAAACUGCUGGCCGGUUUUUACUCGGACGUUGUCGUGUACGAUGAGAGCUCGGACGGACAACAACACCUUACCAGGGACAGCACAACUCAACUCGUUCUGAACGGACUCAGACAGAACUGUUCUAACUGCAGAGUGGCCUUCUUGAAAGGCGGUUUUGACAAGUUCAGCGCGGAGUACCCCGACUUGUGCCAGUGGAGCAGCCCGCCCGUCAGUCCCUUCGGUUUCUCCUCCCCAACAUCGUCUGCAACACUCACGGCCCACUCCACGUCAGCCUUCUCAACAGCGACCCCUGGCAGCGAGCCGGUAUACGACAGGGGCCAGCCCGUAGAGAUCCUGCCUUACCUGUACCUGGGCAGCGGCUACCACGCCUCAAGGAAAGAUAUGUUAGAAGCACUGGGUAUCACAGCCUUGCUGAAUGUCUCCCGUACCUGCCCCAACCACUUUGAGUCAGAGUACAUGUACAAGUGCAUCCCUGUGGAGGACACACAAAAUGCUGACAUCCAGGCCUGGUUUCAGGAGGCCAUCGACUACAUAGAUCUUGUAAAGCUGUCCGGAGGUCGUGUGCUGGUCCACUGUCACGCCGGCGUGUCCCGUUCAGCGACCAUCUGCCUCGCCUACCUCAUGCACACCAACAGGGUACGUCUGGACGAGGCCUUCGACUUCGUGAAGCAGCGCCGCAGCGUCAUCAGCCCCAACUUCAACUUCAUGGGACAGCUCCUGCAGUGGGAGGCCCAGCUCCACUCAGCGGCGCCUCCCAGUGGAAAUGCAAAGAACUGCAGCAGCCAUGGAGAAGUGCGCCCCUUCUGUUCCAGCCCUUCUACAUCUAUCUCCUCUCCCGCGCCCAGGAAAAGGAUCAGGUCGGCCUCGUGUGCUCCUCUCGCACGGUCGCCCUGUUUCGUCUUUCCCAUGCCAAGGCAAGACCAGCCGCUCAUGUCACCUUCUUGAGGAGACUUUGACGUCUUAAACAUUUAAGACUUGAUUGAAAAGACGCUGGUUCGUCUAUUUUUCAAGUCCAGCCACUGGCAAAGGUGCCAUGGACUGGCUGGAUUGCCUUCGUUGGCAAAGAGUUAGCAGCCUCGCUACUAAGUGUCAGUUUGUUAGGGUCCACCACUCAGAACUUUGCGGUAACAAGAAGCAAUUCCUAGUGACAAAAUAGCAAAUUUGUCUGUGAACAAUAUUGUGGAGUUCCUCUCUUUCCGGAUAGGAGUGGAUUAAAACCUCCAGUCUAGGAUAGCUUUGCCGUUUUUUCUACCCUCAAUGAGUGUGAGAAGUGCCCUGUACAACUGUUAUGGUAACAAAAAUACCUCAGUGCAAUAUAUUAUGCAAGAUUGUUCUUUCCAUAGUUGAACUAUCCAUAUUUAUUUCAUCAGGAAUGUUUAGUGUCAUAGGCACACAAGGCAGGGACAUAUACAAGUAGUUACAGCAAAGUGAGAAUUCUUUUGUACUUAAAAAAUACAGGAAAACUAGAGCGUAAAAUGGCAUUGACAAGUCAUAGAGAAUCAUGUUAAAGCUACCACCAAAGUGUACCUUUUUCACCAAGAAAGUUUUUGUAUUAUGUAGUGCGUGUAUAUGGAGCUUUGUAUGGGCUAUUCCAUCACACAUUUUUGGAGGACCAACAAAAAUCUUUCUCUAGCUGCCUAUUCUGAAAAUUUCCAAGUUAAUGAAAAUCGAAAAGCAAGCAUUUUUGACAUAACAUGUAGGUCGUUGAAGCCCCUUGACUAAGAUGGAAUAGCCCAUAGAUCAGUUUAUGUUAAGAUAAGAUGAUUUCAGAUUUAUAUUUUUUUCUUUGUUAACAUAUUGUGGAAGUCAUUAAAAUAUUGCUUUACUUUUUAUGUUACAUUGUCACAACUAUGCUGAACACUUUUUACUAGUUAUUGUUAUCAAAAAAAGCUUUUUUGUACUUUUGUAUAACAUUCUUUGGAGCAAAAUGUUACAUUCUGGGAUGGUAGUUGAAGCCUUAUAACAUGUAUCUGGAAAGUGAUUAACCCUUUUCCUGCUACCUUACCCCAGAACCAAUACAAAUCUGGUGCAAAAUAGCUACCUUAGCAGGUUGAUGGUUAACAUACUAUUCAAUAGAUGCAUUUUCCACUGUACACAACUACCAAGGUAUUGUGGGAUACAUUCCUGUAGACCUUCCAUGUUGGAAGGUUGGAAACAACUUGUUUUUACUACACAAGGACAAGCAUUUGUUGUACGUCUGCCAAAGAGUACUGUAUUCCAUGUUCUGUUUUUUAGAAGAAUAAAUUAUUCUGGACUGAAACAAGA